AUGAACAAGAUUCGAAAGUUUUUCCGAGGAAGCGGGCGAGUCCUGGCAUUUAUAUUUGUAGCUUCUGUCAUCUGGCUGCUCUUUGACAUGGCAGCUCUCCGCCUGUCAUUCAGUGAGGUCAACACUCGGGUCCUCAAGGAAGACAUCGUUAGGAGGGAGCAGAUAGGAUUCCGAGUUCAGCCAGACCAAACUAAGAUCCUUUACAGCAGCAUAAAAGAAAUGAAGCCCCCACUGAGGGGACAUGGGAAGGGCAUAUGGGGCAAAGAGAGCUUUAGAAAAACUGAGAAGGGUAUGCUCAAGGUUGAGGAUGACUUGGACCAAACCCAGAGGGAAAGAAAAAUGCAGAACACCCCGGGAAGGGGCAAGGUUGCCCCUUUGUGGCAUCCUGAGUAUCUACAGACCCUUCCGGUGACUUUGACCAAGCAAAACACAGAGAGGCAGGACCUCAGACCUGAAGCCUACUCUCGCCACAUGGCAAAGCAAAUGAGAACUCAGGGGGCUCAGAGAACCCCAUUCCUAGCUGCAAGAGAAACUCAGUUGGCCGAAAUUUCUGCACAUGCAGGGCCUGACCGUAUAAACCAGGAGGCCCUGAAGAGUUCUAGUCUUGGCAGUGAUGCAUCAAAACAAGCAGCCGAAAGAAAUCCAAAUGUGACCCUCAGUCCUGAUACUGACAGAUCAAAGCAGCAAUCACAGGCAGUAGCAAAUGAGAGGACACACCCUGCCAGCCCACUGUUGCCAAAAUCUAGGGAAGCCAUAGCCUUAAAUAAAACUGAGACUCAGAGCAAAGAACUAGAUUCAAAUAAACACGGAGCCAAUAAGAGCCUUCCCUUUUCCAAGUUUAUUGCCAAUUCAAAUCGCUCAAAGAAGCAAUCUAUUAACGAAGCACCGUUGGGAGGCUUGCCAAAGGAUGAUGGAGCCAAAGUGGCUGGUGGGAAGAAAUUCAGUUUCUCUGAAAGCCACGUUGUGAUUAUAACUAAGGAGGAGAAGCUAAAGACAGACACCAAACAGGCCCCCAAUCCUAAAAACAAAACUGUGCUCCCUAUUGUAUUGGGUGAAAGCCGAGGGAAACACAUUUCCAGGAAGAGAAGUGAGGCAUCUUUCCCUCCACGGAGAGCAACAGUCUCUCAAUCCCAUCAAGCCGUAGCUGAGGGGCUAGAGCCAGCAAGAAUCAGCUUGACUGCCAAGGCCCAACCUGCAGAACUCAACCAAAAUCAUAUAAAAGCCUUGUUACCUGAAGAACGUGGAAUGCACCAUGUGUUAAAAAUUGACGUGACACUUUCUCCAAGGGAUCCCAAAGCUCCAGGCCAAUUUGGACGGCCCGUCGUUGUUCCCCGUGGAAAGGAGAAGGAGGCAGAGAGAAGAUGGAAAGAAGGAAACUUCAAUGUCUACCUCAGUGAUUUGAUCCCAGUGGACAGAGCCAUUGAAGACACCAGACCUGCUGGGUGUGCAGAGCAGCUAGUUCACGAUAACCUCCCGACCACCAGUGUCAUCAUGUGCUUUGUGGAUGAAGUGUGGUCCACUCUCCUGAGGUCUGUUCAUAGUGUCCUUAAUCGCUCUCCUCCACACCUCAUCAAGGAGAUUCUACUGGUAGAUGACUUCAGCACCAAAGACUACCUAAAAGGUAAUUUGGAUAAAUACAUGUCUCAGUUUCCAAAAGUUCGGAUUCUUCGCCUCAAAGAGAGACAUGGCUUAAUAAGAGCCAGGCUGGCAGGAGCACAGAAUGCAAAAGGUGAUGUGUUGACAUUCUUGGAUUCUCACGUGGAAUGUAACAUUGGUUGGUUGGAACCUCUUCUGGAAAGGGUUUAUUUAAGUAGAAAGAAAGUAGCCUGUCCAGUAAUUGAAGUCAUCAAUGAUAAGGAUAUGAGUUACAUGACAGUGGACAACUUUCAAAGAGGCAUCUUUGUGUGGCCCAUGAACUUUGGUUGGAGAACAAUUCCUCCAGACGUUGUUGCAAAAAACAGAAUUAAAGAAACAGAUAUAAUAAGGUGCCCCGUCAUGGCAGGUGGAUUGUUUUCUAUUGAUAAAAAUUACUUUUUUGAACUUGGAACAUACGACCCUGGGCUUGAUGUCUGGGGUGGAGAAAAUAUGGAGCUUUCAUUCAAGGUGUGGAUGUGUGGUGGUGAAAUUGAGAUCAUUCCCUGUUCCCGAGUGGGCCACAUAUUCAGAAAUGACAAUCCAUACUCCUUCCCCAAAGACCGGAUGAAGACAGUAGAGCGGAACUUGGUGCGGGUUGCUGAGGUCUGGCUUGAUGAGUACAAGGAGCUAUUCUAUGGCCAUGGGGACCACCUCAUAGACCAAGGGUUAGAUGUUGGAAACCUCACCGAACAACAGGAACUUCGAAAGAAACUAAAAUGCAAAGGUUUCAAAUGGUACUUGGAGAAUGUUUUUCCUGAUCUAAAGGCUCCCAUUGUGAGGGCUAAUGGUGUGCUUAUUAAUGUGGCCUUGGGCAAGUGCAUUUCCAUUGAAAACACCAUAGCCACUUUGGAAGACUGUGAUGCGAGCAGCAAGCUUCAACAAUUUAAUUACACCUGGCUAAGACUUAUUAAACAUGGAGAAUGGUGCUUAGCUCCCGUCCCUGAUAUGGGGGCUCUGAGGCUGCACCCUUGCGAUAACAGGAACAAAGUGCUAAGAUGGCUGCAUAAAUCAACAUCAGUCUUUCAUCCAGAACUGGUGAAUCACAUUGUUUUUGGGAACUAUCAUCAGUUGUUAUGCUUAGAAGGAAAUGUUUUUCAGAAGACCCUGAAAGUUGCUGCUUGUGACCCAGAAAAGCAAUACCAAAAGUGGAAAUUUGAAAAGUAUUAUGAAGACUAA